AUUACUUGCGUGUUCCGAUCAGGCGUGAAUUUUAUAAAAAUUGAUUUUUUAUUUUCAAUCUAAUACUGUGUCAACCACCGAUGGCUGGGAAGCUGAAUAAGUUCGAAACCCCCAGUUCCGCUAGCUCGGAUAGGUAAAAAGUGUGCUAAGUUAGUGCAAUUGUUUGUUUGAACAGCUGUCUCGUGUCAUUAAAUUCCGCAUUUCAUUAUAUUUCAAGUGCUAGUUUAUAUUUGCGGUUUUUUUUAAGUGGAGCGUGUUUUGAUAAUAACGAGUGUACAGGUUUAAUUUGAACGCCUGCAUUAUAACCUCUCCGGCCGUGCAUUGUGGUUUUUAUUUUUAGACUUUUAUUUAGUUCGUUGGCAACGGAGUUGUGCGACACGUGCUUGCCGCUGGCGCGAUGGACCCCGCAAUCAUCUUCGCGAAUCCGUAAGAGCAAUCCGUUGACACGGAAUUGGCGCUAGAACUUGGUGAACAAGUUUUCUUAGACGAUGAAGACUAUUCUACCAGAGCCCCGGCGUCGCCGACCACGGUGCCAAAUGUGCGACCGUACCGGCCUCCAUCUACAGGAUCAAACAUCCUCAAGUCGCCGCGGGCGCGGCGUGUACGCACCACAUCAAUGUCGCAGUCAAACAAGCGUACGGCUGCCGAAAGCAUAUUACACGCUGACAGGCGUACCAUAUAUACGGCCGGGCGUCCGCCUUGGUACAACUGUACGGGAGGACAGGAGGUUGAACCGUUCCUCAUUGGUAUAUGCGGCGCAAGCGCUUCCGGGAAGACUACGGUCGCUGCAAAAAUAAUAGAAUCUCUUAACAUGCCGUGGGUCACUAUUGUCAGCAUGGAUUCCUUUUAUAAGGUAUUAAAUGAGAAGCAACACCAAGCCGCUACCCGGAACGAGUACAAUUUCGACCACCCGGACGCUUUUGACAUGGAAUUACUCAGUGGAGUGCUGCAGAGACUUAAAGAGGGAAAGAAAGUUGAAGUGCCGAUAUACAACUACGUCACGCAUUCUAGGGAGAAUCGCACUAAAACGAUGUACGGAGCGAACGUGAUAAUAUUCGAAGGUAUCCUAGCGUUCUACAAUAGUGACGUACUAAACAUGUUGGACAUGAAGGUGUUUGUGGACACAGACGCUGAUAUAAGACUCGCUAGACGUCUUAGAAGGGAUAUAGUCCAACGCGGCCGCGACCUAGAAGGCGUCCUCAAGCAAUACAUGACCCACGUGAAGCCAGCCUACCAGAGCUACAUCGCGCCCUGUAUGGCCCACGCGGACAUCAUAGUACCGAGAGGCGGUGAGAACAAAGUCGCCAUACAUUUGAUAGUUCAACAUGUCCACAAACAACUACAACUGAGAGGCUUCAAAGUCCGUGAAAAGCUCGCAAUUGCACACAUCGGUCAACCCGUACCAGACUCCCUAUAUCUUCUCAAAGAUACACCACAAGUGCAAGGUCUCCACACGUUCAUCCGCAACAAGGACACGCCCCGCGACGAGUUCAUAUUCUACUCCAAACGCCUCAUGAGACUCGUCAUAGAGUUCGCGCUGUCAUUGUUACCCUACUCGGAGCGGACCGUGGAGACGCCUCAGGGAUUCUCUUACAAUGGUCGUAAAUGCGACGUGGAGAAAAUCUGCGGCGUGUCCAUCCUUCGAGCCGGCGAGACCAUGGAGCAAGCCGUCUGCGAUGUCUGCAAAGAUAUCCGUAUAGGGAAGAUACUCAUACAGACCAACCAGGAGACUGAUGAGCCUGAGCUAUACUACCUCCGCCUACCAAAGGACAUAAAGGACUACCGAGUGAUCCUAAUGGACGCCACCGUCGCGACGGGCGCCGCAGCCAUCAUGGCCAUCCGAGUGCUCCUCGACCAUGAUGUGCCCGAAGACCAUAUUAGCCUGGUCUCCCUACUCAUGGCAGAGAUUGGGGUGCAUUCGAUAGCCUAUGCAUUCCCACAGGUAAAAAUCGUGACAUCCGCCUUAGACCCCGAGAUCAACGAAAAAUUCUACGUCCUCCCCGGCAUCGGGAACUUCGGCGACCGCUACUUCGGCACCGAGCCCGCCGACGACGAGCGAGACUGAACCCACUGCCCAGCGCGUAAGGCUGAUUAUUGACUGUACUUGUAUACCCCCUUUUUAAGAUUAGAAUUUUUCUAACCCCAAAAGUAGUAAUUAAAUUUUACUUCCGAAAUGCUAGGGUUCCUAUGAUAUCUAAUAAUGCAGAUACAAUAUGUAAACGACACUAUAAUUCAGUGCAUAGUUACUCAAAUUUAAUUUUGGAAGAAAAAGUUACCACUACUUUUGAAGUUAUAAAAUUUCUAAUCUGAAAAAAAAAUAUAACGGACUUAGAUGUAGA